AUGAGUGCGUUAUAAAACCUUUUUAAGGCCUCUAAGUAGGGUGGUAAAUAGAUGUUAAUACCACAAUAAAUGAAUAAGAUAUUAAACAUAACUUAAAGGAAAUAGGGACAUCUUAAUUCUUGCAUGUAGACUGAAAUUUAGGAUUCUCCUUAUUUGUAUAAUGUUUAGGAGAAAAUAGAAGGUGAUUAAAACUAAAAUAAUCUAUAUUCUGAAGAAGAGGUAAAGUAAGAGUCUCCAAAAAAGAAACUUAAAACUGAAACAAUGGAAUCUAUAGACUUUGGAGGAUUGUCUUUAAAUACCUGUUUAAGUCAAUAAUGUGUUGAAUUUGGAACCUCAGACUCUUCAUAAUAUCAGCCUAAUGAUUAAUAUUUCAUUUUGCCAGAAUAAUCGUCUUGA